CCGCUCUGGCCGGCGGCCGGGGAGCGCGGGCGAGCGCAGCGCGUUGCAACCCGGCUGAGCCUGGCGAACGCAAGUGGCGCGGCGUGCGGCGGCGGCGGGGCGCUCGGGGCCGGAGGAGCUGAGCGCGGUCAGGGGCUGAGCCCUGUUUUCCCAGACGAACUACCAGUCCGCUUGCCCACGUCCCGGGUGAUCGCAGGGCCCGUCAGUGUGCCACCCACCGCUCCGGCCGCUGCGCUUCUGGCUCGCCAGGCGUGCCACUGUCUUGGCUACCGACCGGGAGGGCCAGAAACAUUCUGGAAUGGACCCGGCUGGACGCAUGUGCUCUUGAGAAAGGAGCUCACUGCGCCGAGGUCCUCCGCCGCAGACUCGCUGUCCGCGUUCUCAGAGACGGCCGCCGUUCCCCAAGGGUCCAACACUGCUGCCGUCCCCGGCGCGCCGCCAGGAGCCGGGUUUGAGGUCCUGAGUCCUGCUUCAUGCAGCCAACGCUGCCCACAGGGACUCCAGCUCCACUUUAUAUUCAUGUUCGAGAACUUGUUGAUGGAAUUGAUGAAAGUGCUGAAGUUGAUCACAAUGUGGAAACAAACAAAACAAACCAAAACAAACAAAACUUGUUCACCAAAGAAAAAUGGAAGAAUUUUUGCAUGAAACAAAUCAGUUGCCUGUUCUUCCCACCUGUACCACUUGGAGAAAAGAUAAAUAGAUCAGAAGUAAUCUUAGCUCCCUCCAUCUGAAAGGAGUGGAACUGAAGGAUGCAGUCCGCAGAUGCUGGGAAUCUUUCUGUGACUUUUGUCUACCCGGUAAUGUGAAUAGAGCAGGACGACGUAGGCCCCGGCUGACCUUGAAGUCCCGGUUCUCUUCUCUGGACUCCCAUGCAGUUCCGAUUUCCAGCACACAAGACUUUCUGGUGGCAGGUCCCACCCCAGGGCAGCUGAAGAAAGAGCAAAGCCCCAGCGCCUGGUGUGUGAUGGCAGCAGCGAGGAGACACAGAGACAGAGGGUAGCAGGCGACGCCUCUUGUCCCUGCUUUUGCUCCUGCCCCUCCGCGCCCCUGUGAGGCCUGGCAAACACGGCAUGGAGCUGCAGCUGGACGGGAAGAUGCUGAGCUUCUGGAAAACUUUAGCUUGUUCUUGUGAAGCCUUGUGGAGUAUCCCGGAGUGCCGGCCCUUCCUCUUCCAAAUGGCUCUGCCAAAGGGGUUCACCGCACCCUGUAAGGAGGAGGCCAGCUCAGGACCACUGGGACCCAGCAAGGGCAGCCUUCAGCCAGCCUCCAGCCAACAGCUUCCUGCGGAGCCUUCUAGCAUUGUUAGCCAACCGUGCACUCCUCGCAGGCCUUCAGCAGCUGGGCACCCUUUCAAGACUGUAUGUUGCCAGCUGGAGAAGCUGAAUCCUAACUCGUGUUGCCAGAGAGCUUUUAGUGGCCAGCUGAGAAAGCUGUCCUCUCUUGGUGAAGAAUUCCCAAGUGAAAUUUGAGAAGCUUUGGGAUUCACAGCAACAGAAUGUUUCCCCAGGUUUCUGUACUCAGGCCCUGGAAGCCACUCGCGGAGGACCACCCCCAGCAAUGUGGGGUCGCGACCUCUUUGGAGCAGGGGGACCUCUCUGUAUCCAGUGGCACUCAGAUACAGCAGGGAGCGCUCUGCCAGCAUGAGAGCUGCUCACAGUCUGGACGUCUCCUUUAAGGUGAUGCUGACAGUUGGCUGGUUCGUCCUGGUCCGCUUUCCUGGUGCCGCAUCCACAGUGGCGGCUGAGUGCCCUGAUCAGUGGCCUGAGCUGCAGCCCUGGAAUCCUGGCCAUGACCCAGACUACUACGUGCACAUAGGCCAGGGCAGAACACUGCUGCUCAUCUCUUCUGCCACGGUCCAUUCCAUCCGCAUCUCAGAGGGAGGAAAGCUAGUCAUUAAAGACCAAGAUGAGGCAAUUGUUUUGCGUACCCGGCACAUCCUGAUUGACAACGGAGGAGAGCUGCAUGCUGGGAGUGCCCUCUGCCCUUUCCAGGGCAAUUUCAGCAUCAUUUUGUAUGGAAGGGCUGAUGAAGACGUUCAGCCAGACCCUUACUUUGGCCUCAAGUACAUCGGCGUCGACAGAGGAGGUACCCUUGAGUUGCAUGGACAGAAGAAGCUCUCUUGGACAUUUCUGAACAAGACUCUUCACCCCGGUGGCAUGGAAGAGGGAGGUUAUUUUUUCGAAAGGAGCUGGGGUCACCGUGGAGUCAUUGUUCAUGUCAUUGACCCCAAAUCAGGGACAGUCAUCCAUUCUGACCGGUUUGACACCUAUAGAUCCAAGAAAGAGAGUGAACGUCUGGCCCAGUAUUUAAACACAGUGCCCGACGGCAGGAUCCUUUCUGUUGCCGUGAAUGAUGAAGGCUCUCGAAACUUGGACGACGUGGCCAGGAAGGCGAUGACCAAAUUGGGCAGCAAACACUUCCUACACCUUGGAUUUAGACACCCUUGGAGUUUCCUAACUGUGAAAGGAAAUCCCUCUUCUUCUGUUGAAGACCACAUUGAGUAUCACGGACACCACGGCUCUGCUGCUGCCCGGGUAUUCAAACUCUUCCGGACGGAGCAUGGCGAGCUUUUCAAUGUCUCUUCAUCCAGCGAGUGGGUUCAAGAUGUGGAAUGGACGGAGUGGUUUGAACAUGACCGAGUGUCUUACACUAAAGGUGGGGAGAAAAUUUCAGACCUCCGGGCCACUCACCCAGGGAGAAUCUGCAAUCGCCCCAUUGACAUACAGGCCACUACAGUGGAUGGAGUUAACCUCACCACCGAGGUUGUCUACAAAAGAGGCCAGGAUUAUAGGUUUGUGUGCUAUGACCAGGGCCAAGACUGCCAGAGCUACCGUGUGCGGUUCCUCUGUGGGAAGCCUGUGAGGCCGAAACUCACCGUCACCAUCGACACCAACGUGAACAGCACCAUCCUGAAUCUGGAAGACAAUGUACAAUCAUGGAAGCCCGGAGAUAUCCUGGUCGUUGCCAGUACCGAUUACUCCAUGUACCAGGCAGAAGAGUUCCAGGUGCUCCCCUGCAAAGCCUGUGCCUCCAAGCAGGUCAAAGUAGCAGGGAAACCAAUGUACCUGCACAUUGGGGAGGAGGUAGAUGGUGUGGACAUGCGGGCCGAGGUUGGGCUCCUGAGCCGGAACAUCGUGGUGAUGGGGGAGAUGGAGGAUGAAUGCUACCCCUACAGCAACCACAUCUGCAACUUCUUUGACUUCGACACCUUUGGGGGCCACAUUAAGUUUGCACUGGGGUUCAAGGCCGCACACCUGGAGGGCGUGGAGCUGAAGAACAUGGGCCAGCAGCUGGUGGGUCAGUACCCAAUUCACUUCCACCUGGCGGGCGAUGUGGAUGAAAAGGGAGGCUACGACCCGCCCACGUAUGUCAAGGACCUCUCCAUCCACCACACGUUCUCUCGCUGCGUCACUGUCCACGGCUCCAAUGGCUUGUUGGUCAAGGACAUUGUGGGCUAUAAUUCUUUGGGCCACUGCUUCUUCACGGAAGAUGGGCCAGAGGAACGCAACACCUUUGAGCACUGUCUCGGCCUCCUUGUCAAGUCUGGAACCCUCCUCCCCUCCGACCGCGACAGCAAGAUGUGCAAGAUGAUCACAGAAGACUCCUACCCGGGGUACAUCCCCAAGCCCAGGCAGGACUGCAAUGCUGUGUCCACCUUCUGGAUGGCCAAUCCCAACAACAACCUCAUAAACUGUGCUGCUGCGGGAUCCGAGGAAACUGGAUUUUGGUUCAUUUUCCACCACGUACCGACGGGCCCCUCAGCCGGAAUGUACUCCCCAGGUUAUUCAGAGCACAUCCCACUGGGGAAAUUCCUUAACAACCGAGCACACUCCAACUACCGGGCUGGCAUGAUCAUAGACAACGGAGUCAAAACUACCCAGGCCUCUGCCAAGGACAAGCGGCCCUUCCUCUCCGUUAUCUCCGCCAGAUACAGCCCCCACCAGGACGCCGACCCGCUGAAGCCCCGGGAGCCGGCCAUCAUCAAGCACUUCACCGCCUACAAGAACCAGGACCAUGGGGCCUGGCUGCGGGGCGGGGACGUGUGGCUGGACAGCUGCCGGUUUGCUGACAAUGGCAUUGGCCUGACCCUGGCCAGUGGUGGGACCUUCCCAUAUGAUGAUGGCUCCAAGCAGGAGAUCAAGAACAGCUUGUUUGUUGGCGAGAGUGGCAAUGUGGGGACGGAGAUGAUGGACAACAGGAUCUGGGGCCCAGGUGGCUUGGACCACAGCGGAAGGACCCUCCCCAUAGGCCAGAAUUUCCCGAUCCGAGGAAUUCAGUUCUACGACGGCCCCAUCAACAUCCAGAACUGCACUUUCCGCAAGUUUGCAGCCCUGGAGGGCCGGCAUACCAGCGCCCUGGCCUUCCGUCUGAACAACGCCUGGCAGAGCUGCCCCCAUAACAACGUAACCGGCAUUGCCUUUGAGGACGUCCCGAUUACUUCCAGAGUGUUCUUCGGAGAGCCUGGGCCUUGGUUCAACCAGCUGGAUAUGGACGGGGACAAGACGUCAGUGUUCCAUGACGUGGACGGCUCCGUGUCCGAGUACCCUGGGUCCUACCUCACCAAGGACGACAACUGGCUGGUCCGGCACCCAGACUGCAUCAACGUUCCGGACUGGAGAGGCGCCAUCUGCAGCGGGCGCUAUGCACAGAUGUACAUUCAGGCCUACAAGACCAGUAAUCUGCGAAUGAAGAUCAUCAAGAAUGACUUCCCCAGCCACCCUCUCUACCUGGAGGGGGCCCUGACCAGGAGCACCCACUACCAGCAGUACCAGCCAGUCAUCACCCUGCGGAAGGGCUACACCAUCCACUGGGACCAGACGGCCCCUGCCGAGCUCACCAUCUGGCUCAUCAACUUCAACAAGGGCGACUGGAUCCGAGUGGGGCUCUGCUACCCCCGGGGCACCACCUUUUCUAUCCUCUCGGAUGUUCACAAUCGCCUGCUGAAGCAAACGUCCAAGACGGGCAUCUUCGUGAGGACCUUGCAGAUGGACAAAGUGGAGCAAAGCUACCCUGGCAAGAGCCACUAUUACUGGGAUGAGGACUCGGGGCUGCUUUUCCUGAAGCUGAAAGCUCAGAACGAGAGAGAGAAGUUCGCCUUCUGCUCCGUGAAAGGCUGCGAGAGAAUAAAGAUUAAAGCUCUGAUCCCAAAGAACGCCGGCGUCAGCAACUGCGCGGCCACAGCCUACCCCAAGUUCGCGGAGAAGGCCGUCGUGGACGUGCCGAUGCCCAAGAAGCUCUUUGGUUCUCAGCUGAAGACCAAGGACCACUUCCUGGAGGUGAAGAUGGAAAGUGCCAAGCAGCGCUUCUUCCACCUUCUGAACGACUUUGCCUACAUCGAAGUGGAUGGGAAGAAGUACCCGAGCUCGGAGGAUGGCAUCCAGGUGGUGGUAAUUGACGGGAGACAAGGGCACGUGUUGAGCCAAGCCAGCUUCAGGACCGCCAUCCUGCAGGGCAUCCCGUGGCAGCUCUUCAAUUACGUGCUGGCCAUCCCCGACAACUCCAUAGUUCUCAUGGCAUCGAAGGGAAGAUACAUCUCCAGAGGCCCGUGGACUCGAGUGCUGGAAAAGCUCGGGGCAGACAAGGGCCUCAAACUGAAAGAGAAAAUGGCAUUCGUUGGCUUCAAAGGCAGCUUCCGGCCCACCUGGGUGACUCUGGACACCGAGGACCACCAUGCCAAAAUCUUCCAAGUUGUGCCCGUCCCCGUGGUGAGGAAGAAGAAGCUGUGAGGACCGCUGCCACCUCAGCGCCGCCCCACAGUGGACUCUGACGGUGGACUCCCGGCAGCCGCCUGGGGCAGCUUGGCUGGGCCCCCAGCCCCUGUCCAGCAGCUGCCGGGGAAGGCCACGUGUCAGCCCUGAUGCGCCAAGGGGAGGGUAUCAGAGACCCCCGGUGCUGCCACCUGCCCCCACUCAAGUGUCUACCUGCAGCCCCAGGGGCAGUGUUGGCUGAUGCUGGAAACCUUCUCUUUCCUGUAGCCUCUUGGGUGCUUCUCUCCUAUCUGUGCCUCUGCGGUGGGGGGGUGUGAGGACCGUACGAGGAGACCUGCGCUGCGCUGGCAGCAAAAGUCCACGUUGGCGGGAGCUCUGCCCCAGCUGGGAGGCAGCCUGGACGGGGUGCUGGGUUGUCCACAGAUCCCCAUGCUCUCCAGCACGCACGUUAGGGUGGUCGGUGUAGGAGGAAGAGCUCUGGUCCUAAGGAAAUCUUCAUAACUGUGAGCAAGAACCGACCUCCGCGGGAUUCGGAGCUGGCGUGUAGACCGGGAUUCCGUCUUCCGUUCACCAAGAUGGAACCGGCUACCCUCGGAGAAGGGCGAGCCUGCCUCCGGAGGGGUUCAACCUCUCAGGAGACUAUGGCACCCAGGUUGGGAGUUGGACUAGGUGACUUUUAAAGGUCCUUUCAGUUCUGAGAUGCCAGAGCUGCGAUGCUGUGGCUUUUCACAUUGUGCCCGGAACCCAGCAGUAGGUGAGAACGUCCCUUACAGCCAACAUCCAUGAUGCUGGGUGCUCCGGGCGUACAGGACGGAGCGGGGAGAAGCACUCCCUAAGGCAAGGGGCUCGCAGUCUGGUGGAACAGGUGGUCGGGUGUGUGGACCUCUGAUGCCAGGCGGAGAAAGCCAAGAGAGGUAAAGAGGAGGCCAGCGCCAGUUCCCAGAGGGAAAGAGCUUACGCGCUCGGGUGGUCAGGAAGCUUCCUGCAGGAACGAAGGGCAGGGGCAUUUGGGUGGGCGGAGAUGAGGCAGCCUCUGGAGUGGUUCCUGCCCACAUCUGCCGAAGAUGGGUGACUUCAAGGUCGCCCUUUGCCCUCGACUUGCUGGCCACCCGUAAUAGAGAAGCGGGCAUCAGAGGGGGUGAUGGGCUGAGCUCAUUAUGGCCAGAGCGCUGGGUCAGCCGGCCCACAAACCACUCCAAGAGAGGGCGGAGUCAAGUCGAGAAAGGGGAGCUCCUGCAUCGGGGGCCCUGAGAGCCCUCGCGGAGCCCCACACGGACAUGCUCACACCUCAGUGAGCCUGGGGUUUCAGAGCUGGAAAGGACCUUAGGAAACACCUAGUCCAAAGCCUUCGUUGUAUGGAUGGGACACAUGAGACCCCAAGCUGGGGAAGAACCACACGGCCAGGGCAGGGUCAGGACGGGAGCCCCACUCCCCGCACUUACUGCCACACCACGCUGCCUCAACAGCCGGCCUGAGUGGCCUCGCGAAACGGGGGCAAGUCCCCUUGAAGGAAAAAAAGAUCAGAACAGAAAGAGAGUUGGCCGAUGACUGUUUCUCUCCUGGUCCUCCGCUCGCACAAGGGCGCCCUCCUCUGGGCUGUGGAGGUCCUGCAGCCUCCGCUUGGCUCAAACUACCUGCCCUCCCGAGCAGCGCCCAGCAGCUGCAGUGACUGCACUGGUGCUACCUGCUUCUGUAGGUCUGCAGGCGCGCCCAGCAGACACGUUUUCGGUGAGCCAGCUAGGUGGCUCUGGGGUCUGAAGAGCUUUGGGUCCACCCCAGGCCCUCUCAGCCACUGCCUAAUAACCUGCUCUCUCCCUUGCCCACCUUGGAGAGAGCCAGGAGAGCUUCCAGAGAAAGAAAACUCUUAUCUGUGGCUUAUACUCCCUCGUGAGACACCAGGGUCGCUCUGGGUCUCGUCCCCUUUCCUGCCCCAACCACAAAUUCUUUCCUUCCUUGGCUCCAUCUGCCCAGCUGCACCCAAUGAGACUCGGCCCAAGAGUCCACUCCCCAGGUUGAGCCAGUUGCCAAAGAGGUCUUCCCCACUAAACAGGUCUUUCGCUGCUAGCAGGUGACAGUGGGACUCUGCCGCUUAAGACUUGGCAGCUUCAAAGGCCCAGGUCCCAGGAAGGACCUCUUCCAGGCAGAUCAGAGGCCAUGGGGAGGAGAGUUCAAUGACCUCAUGUUCUUCUUGUCUAUAGUUCCGUUGAGUUUUCCUAAACUCUUAAUGCAAGGGUCUCAUACUGUGAACCACUUAGGAUGUGAUCACUUCAGAUGGCCAGGAAUGUUGACUGUCUUUGGUUCAGUUCAUGGAAAAAAAAAAUAUCUAUUUGAAAAUCCUCAGAGUUGUAUAUAUGUCUAACAGUGCAGGAUCUGUGCAUAAAACUUUCCUUCCUAAACCAUUCACCAAGAGCCCGUGUCUGGGCAUGUUCUUGGUAGCACAAAUUUUCUUACUGCUUAGAAAACUGUUGUUGUUCUUUCUGUUUGUAAGCCUCAAAAUGAGUUAGGCCUUUAAAAAACAAAAAAACAAAAAACACACUCCUCUGAAAUGCUUGUCUUUUUCCUGUUGCCGAAAUAGCUGGUCCUUUUUCGGGAAUUAGAUGUAUAGUGUGUUCUGUCUGUAAACAUUUCUUGUAGGUGUCACCAUGAACAAAGAUAUAUUUUCUAUUUAUUUAUUCUGUGUGCACUUCGAGAAGUCAUUGUCAGAGAAAUGAAGAAUUGUCUUAAAUGUCAUGUUUGGGGAUGUCCUUUGGACCACUUGAAAGGGGUGUACCCAGGGCCUUCUGCUUGCAGCAGAGGACAUCGGCUCUGGUUUGGAAGAUCUUGCUGUACCAUAGUAAACAUACAA